AUGAGAUUGCCAAUAUGAGAAAUUGGAUCUUGUCAAAAUGAGUCUCAGGACUACAUAGUUGACAAAGAGGUGUAUGUAUGCCAUGCACAUAAAGUAGCAAAAUAUUCGUCAGACGAUUCUAUCCACCUAAUAUCUCCAGAGUCUGUAGAAUUGCUACUGAAAGUGAUAGAUCAAUGCAGGGAGGAGGUACUAGUAUCUUCUCAACUCCAAGGAUAUCUUGCUCCUGAGAGCGAAUACAGGAAAUUCGAUACCUGUAUGACAGAGGAAAUAGAAGGCAUCUCUUCUAGUCUCGAGACUGCCAUUAGAACUAAGCAGUUCUUAAAACUAGAGGCUUUAUUUCAUGAAGCCAAGAAACUUGAAACCUCCAUCAUGAACGAACAAUUAUUCAUCAAGCACUCAACAGUCAGGAGCUGGAAGAAGGCAUUGGCUGUCGUAGAUGGAACUCUCCAAAAGAAUGGUGCACUUUUCGUCAAAGAACUUCGAGAAAAGUACGGCAAUUUGUUCGAAACAACUACUAGCAAUUUCAAGAACCAAAAGGAUCGUAUCCUCAAAGAAAAAUCAGAACUUAGUAUGAAGCUUUCUGAAGAGGCUGAGAGAGUCAAAGCUUUGGAGGAAGAACUAGUUGAACAAGAGAAGUCUUACAAACAAGAGUUGAAGACUCAAGAAAUAGGAUAUGAAGAGAAGAUAAAAGGACUGGCCAUCAUCCAAUCCGAGUUAGAGCAAACAAAGCUGACACUUACCAAAGAAACUGAGAAAAAGAAUCAUGAAAUAUCUGAGCUUAAGGAAGAUAUCAAGAAUAAAUCUGACGACUUAAAAGGAUCUCGUGAGCAAAUCGAAGAACUCAAACAAAAAGAUAAGGUUAAUAUUGAAAAGAACAAUAACCUAAGAGAAAGAAUCAAGAACUUGAGAUUGCAAUUUACUGAAGAGAAGAAAGCACUUGAAGACAGUCAUAAUGAUAAAUUGCAGCAACUUAGAAAUCAUUAUAAUCUCCAGCUUAAGGAAUCUAGUGAGAAAAGUGAAAAAGAUAUCCAAGAAAAGCUAGCCAUUUUUAAUAAUAAGUAUCAAGAAAAGAAUGACGUAAUUCAUAAACUAGAGAAGAAAGUGUCCAAACUUACUGAAGAUCUUGAUCAAGAAAGAACUGAUCACCAGGCACUUAUGACCACUCACACAAAUCUCGAAAAGGAGAAACAAAGCCUCAUGAAAGAGCAUGCUAAGCAGGAAGAUCUUAACAGAAAACUACAGGAUCAGCAUAAAACCCUUGCCCAACGAGCCAAAAAUUCUGAGAAUCUUCAUAAAAAUCAACUGGAUAAAAUACAGCAACGCCAUCUUAAAGAUGCUACUAAACUCGAACAAAAUAAUGCAGCGCUUGAAGAAGAGAGUAAGGCAAAAGAUAUCAAGAUUCUUAAGCUAAGAGACGAGAUUGAAGAGCUCAUAAAGAAGCUAGACCAUGCUCUUGAAGAUAAGGAGCGCAUCAAACUAAACCUCGUCUCUUCAAUUCAAACUUACUCCAACCAAGAAGUCACUGAUCUCUUAAAAGAUUGUCGAGUUUAUAAUAUAUUUGGGGAGCCGAUACAGUUUGAUCAAACGUCUAACCUUCCUUUGGACCUCCGUAAGGGAAACCUUCAGGAGUUCUUAACCAAAAUUAACAAAAGAAUUCCAGAUUGAAAAUUCAUUAGUAUUGAAUCCAUCCCUGGAGAGAAUGAAGUUGUUAAGACUUUCCUCAGCCUUUAUUUCCCCAACAAGGUUGAACAGUUUUAUUUUAAUGACCGUUCAGAUUUAAGUAGUUGUCUUUCUUUCUAUAUGACCGCACUGGAAGCAUUGAGUUCGAAGGUUGAGGAAGAAUUUGUGAUUUAUAAUUUUGAGGUCAGCCAGCACCAGAUGAAAACACUCUUAGCGAAAUACAAACGCAAGAGACGGUUUGGAUUUCUCUCCUGCAAACUAGCCCUGUCCUCGGUGCCUGACUUCGGAGGAGCUCUCCAAGGAAGUCAAUUGAAAGCAUUAGGUUUGAAUGGUUGAGGAAGUAGUGAUCUUGGAGAUUGGAAGAACAACCCGGCCCACUUUGAAAACUUAAUCGAGGGUUUGGCCAAGGAACAGGAUUUUAAAGAUAAUUUGAAAUGGAUUGGGAUGGAGGACUGAGGAAUGGAAGAGAGUCAGGUUGAAGUGAUUUUGAAGAAAUACGAGUUUGGAGAGAUUCAAAUUGUUAUGUAAAGA